ACACUGAAACAAGAAAGCCAUAACAGAAAGCAAUGGCGUCUCAAAGAUUAACUUUGAUCAUACUUCUCUUAUCACUUUUCACGCUCUCUUCCUCAAGCCUUCAUACUGGCAUCACUGUGUACUGGGGCCAAAACGCUGGAGAAGGCCCUUUGGUAAGCGCAUGUGACAAUGGUAACUACGACACUGUGCUCCUCGCUUUCCUCAACAAGUUCGGUGCAGGGAGAACCCCAGCUUGGGACUUCGCCGGUCACUGUGACAAAGGUUCCGCCAAAAAGUGCACCGAAUUAGAGUCCGAAAUAAAGUACUGCCAGGAGAAAGGCAUCAAAGUGCUCCUUUCAAUCGGAGGAAACCCUAGCAAUUCAGACUACUCCCUGAACUCGCCGGAUGACGCAAAGGAGGUGGCCAAAUACCUCUUCAAGAACUUCCUCAGCGGCCAAUACGGUCCACUGGGAAGCGUCAAGCUUGACGGCAUCGACUUCUUCAUCGAAAAAACGGAGGAUUACUGGGACGACCUUGCCAAGGAACUCGACUCCUUACGACAAACCAUUAGCAGACCCUUUUCCUUGUCCGCAGCGCCUAGCUGCCUCACAUACCCAAUCCCCUAUCUCGGCAAAGCCAUUGCCACCAAACUCUUCGACUACGUCUUCGUUAAGUUCUACGACAACCCUAGUUGUUCCUACGUCGGUGGCUUGAACACCCUCUUGGGCUCCUGGGACAAGUGGGUCGACUUGGUCGCCUCCCCUAACUUGCUCUUCCUGGGCUUGCCAGCAGCUCCAAACGCCGGUGAGGGUUACAUUCCGCCGGAGUUCCUCAUUCGCCGGGUGCUUCCGCACGCGAAGCUAGCCUCCAACUACGGGGGAGUGAUGCUGUGGGAUAGAUACUACGAUGCUAAGACUGGUUACAGUGAUCAAAUAUUCCAUGUGAGUAAAUCCAACGUGCAGGUGUCUGAGGCCUCCGUUUCCGACAAAAUUUACCCGUGCGUGUCCAAGGCCUUAGAUUACUAGGUUGCAAUGUACAACCACCUUAGACAUGUAUUAUGUACGGAAUAAAUAACAUGUCAGUUAUGUAUCCCUUGCCUACUAAAGUUAUGUUCCCUCGUACCUGAUCUUGGUCUGUCUCAAUAAAUGUAAUGGAUGUUGGUUGAAAUUGGAACAAUGGCUCUUUUAGUUCUCA